AUGUCGGUUUUGCACCUAAGCAGUGGCCCGUGGCUCACCAAUGACUGGGACGGAAGUCGUGUCGGCAUCUUUUUCGAGCAUCCGGACAACAACGCGGAGCGACUCGCAGACCGUCCAUGCUUCUUGUCCAGUUUCGUGCCGCCACCACAGACGUUCCUUGGCCACGAUGGUGACGAUGGUGCCGUCCACGACGCAGCCGACGAUAGCCCCAUUCCAAACACGGCAGGUCGUAGCGCUUCCGACAAGCUCCUGGCUCCCAACGUAACGGUGUUUUCCCUAGGCAUUCUUCUGGUGGAGUUGUGCGUGGGAACGUGCUAUGCGGAUGCGCGGGACGAUUCUCAGCAGCAGCAGCCUCUCGAAACACCCUUGUCAAUCAUCAAUUCCCGCUACGAGUUUGCCAUGCGCAACCUGGACAAGGUGUAUGAGUUGGCAGGCGUUUCAUAUGGAGAUGCAGCCAAAAAGUGCAUCAGAUUCAGCUUUGCUGGCCCAGACUCGCACAACAUCUUUGAGAUGGAGACGUUCCGCGGUAUCUUCUACGGCCAAGUUGUGGCACCUAUCCAGGCGGUGUACAACAGGCUUCUGAUUUAG